UGUACAGCCACUUGCCGACCCGUUCCCAAAUUGUUGCGAUGACCAAUGGAUCUCAUAACUCUCAUAGCCCGGCAGGGGACAACACACCGCCUUCAGGUACUGUGAUAGGUCCAGAUGGCAAACCUUGUAGAGUGUGCACGGGGGCUGACUGGCGUUCAUGGUCAAACCCCAGAAAGAACCCAGCAAGCUCGGGAAAACCACCAUCCGAUAAGCGAACAGUAGCAGCGAGCCUUGGGACAGCGGGCGCAUUGGCUUCCCGCGGCGGUUCCUCUGAUGAGGAUAACCGACAUGAUUCGUGUCCCCCUGACACGGAAACAUUGGGCAGAGCUACCUGGACAUUCCUUCAUACUGCCGCUGCAUACUACCCGUCCGAGCCCAGCCCGGUCCAGAGGUCCCAUAUGCUAUCCCUCCUCAAAGCUCUACCUCAUACUUACCCAUGUCCACAUUGUGCCACUCACUUAGCUGAGAACAUCCAGCAACAUCCUCCCGAAAAUCACGUUGGUAGCAAGGAGUCACUGGGUCUUUGGCUCUGCGCUAGACAUAACGACGUCAAUGUCAGACUGGGUAAGGAGGUUUUUGAUUGCAGUAAAAUAGACGAGAGAUGGAGGGAUGGGCCUGCUGAUGGGAGCUGCGACUGACGUAGUAUAUUAUACACUAGAUGCAUGAUGUAAUUCAACUAGGAUGUAUGUAAGAAACACACAACCUCGCAAUGUCCCCCAAUAUCAAGAAUAGGUAGUGAC